AUGGAGGUGCAAGCGACGGUGUCGCCGGCGGUGCAGCGGCUCGUGGACACCGCGGAGCCUCUGCCCACCUGCAUCGACCCCGCCAAGCUGGGCUUCACCACUUUGGGCGCCUGCAAGGACGUGUUCGAUGCGGCCACUGCGGGGCUUGUGAGCUCAGGUGUGCCCACUUUCCGUGGCAAGGUGACCAAACUGAGUCGCCAAGCCGGUGGUUGGGUUGCAACCCUCGAGGGCAAACGCGGCACCUGCGAAGUGAAGGCGAAGCAUGUGGUGCUGGCCACGGGAUGUGAGCCGAAGACAGCUGCAGGGCCCAAGGCUCUCUGCGUAGAGGAAACCUUCCAGGAGGAGCAGCUACGAGGGCGCCUGGCGCCCUCCCAGCGCGUGGCGGUGCUGGGGAACUCCCACUCUGCGGCCAUCGCGCUGGCACGGCUGAGAGACCUGGCGGGUCCACUGGGUUUGCGGGUGGCCUGCUUUGCCCGGCGCCCCAUUCGCAUUGCCGAGUGGGUCACCGAGCACAACGUGCACCGCUACAACUCCACAGGCCUCAAGGGCUACGGAUCAGUCUUCGGGGCCGAGUGCAUGGUGAAUGGCGCCGACUGGCUACAGAUCAGACACGCAAAGGAGUUCGAUGAAAAGGAUUGGGACUGGGUGGUUGACUGCACUGGCUACAAGCAGAGCCCCUUGCCGGAGAUCGUUGGCUCCAAAGUUGAGCCACGUGACGAGGCGACUGGCGCCUUGGCUCCGGGCCUCUUCGGGCUGGGCGUGCCCUGGGGCGAGGCGCCUGGCCGGCUCUGGGGCAAAGGCCUGGAGGACCAGCCCGGCUUCAAAGGAGAGGACACCUUUGUGGGCUUCGCCAUGUUCCUUUCGCGCGCUGUGGUCAUCGCGGAAGAAAUCGGCCGGCAGAUGCCAGCGAACUAG